UGUCAAGGCUCCAAGCGAAGAGCCCAGGUGCCGAGUUCGUGUGUUUGAUCUUGAAGCCAGCAACCAAGUCAGGCAAGGCAGUCCUGUGCUACCGCUUCCUGCGUGGACGUCGUCUUGGUGUGCUUCGAGUCUUGGCUCUAUUGAUACCUCAGGUUGACCCACAAUUCUACUGCCUAGAAAUAUCAACUUUGCAUUUACAUAUUUCAUCAAAAAACGCUAGACUCGAGCGUCGGGUACCUUCGUACCUUUGUCCGAACCACCUAACGCCCCAUGAUUGGCGCCAAUUCAUGCCUGGUGAAGACAAAGUGCUUGCGCCUGGAUUCCACGGCUGCACGGCCACCUACUCCUAUCCGCCAGGCUGCCUAGCCGUUGGAACCGUGACCUGCUGUGUGCAGCGCCACGUUGGAGGCUUACUCGCCGUCCCCAGCCCAAGCCCAAGGUUGACGUGCCAGACGAUCGCCCUGCUGCACGACCCAACCUUCCAACAACCCCUCCUAGUCCCCUCCUCGGUGCUGUUCCAAACACGACCAAAACAAUCGUGCACCACCGAUCCCAGCCAGCCCUUGAACACAUUAGCCACUGGUCGUCUGCGUCCUUUACACCUUGUGUUCUAUUCUGAUCUCCCAGCGACAAUACGUCAUUCACGGAUUGCCGUCAGGGUCCGCCCGCACUCUUGCUUUCCAACCGCGGGGAUUGCCUUUCCUCAAAGCUUUUCCACGCAAAAACAACAUCCGUGCCGCCCAGUCUCCAAAGACUCUCUCCACCAGCUGCCGUUCCUCCCAGCUCCGCGAAGCAUCCCGAGCACUUUACCGACUUUCUAGAAGCCCCGAUCCGCGCGCAGCCGUACAGCCAUCAAUCUGGCAGGAAACAAGCGGAGGAGUUUCUCCAACUCGGGAGGACUGUUGAACAGGAUGUUCGGCUC